UAUAUAAAGUUGGCAACAGAAAUGAAGAAGAAGAAAAGGAAAACAAAAAUGUCUAAUUCGCACAGCGAUACAAUACCUCUACACCCAUCCUCCCAGUCCGACAUCGACGAGAUCGAGAAUCUAAUCCACGCGAGCGUCCAAUCUGGUCCGACCACCGUCCUCCCGGCUCGCCCUCCGAGCCCACCCAGGGCCUCCAUUCCCAUCUCUUCUUCCCCCUUCAUCCAAUCCAACAUCCCUCCUCCGCCUCCUCUCUUUUCUUCGACCGUUCGGUCUUCCCCGGCUGCUCCUCCUCCUCCCCCACCCGUCAGUAAUUCUAGCAGCCUUGCGGCGACCGGGUUCGGGUCGUCUCCCAACACCCUAACGGAACCCGUUUUGGACACGGUGAAACGAGAUCUUUCGAGGAUCGUCAGUAACCUAAAGCUGGUGGUGUUCCCGAAUCCCUUCAGAGAAGACCCGGGAAAGGCGUUGAGGGAUUGGGAUCUGUGGGGGCCUUUCUUCUUCAUUGUCUUCUUGGGUCUCACGCUCUCUUGGUCUGCCUCCGCUAAGAAGUCUGAGGUUUUUGCCGUUGCAUUUGCACUGCUCGCAGCUGGUGCUGUAAUCUUGACAUUGAAUGUGCUACUACUGGGCGGGCAUAUCAUUUUUUUCCAGAGCCUGAGUCUUCUAGGUUAUUGUUUGUUCCCUCUGGAUGUCGGGGCCCUAAUCUGUAUGAUGGAGGGAAAUGUCAUACUCAAGAUGAUUGUGGUCUGCGUUACAUUGGCUUGGAGUUCGUGGGCUGCCUAUCCUUUCAUGAGUACAGCCGUCAACCCAAGUAGGAAAGAGCUUGCACUCUACCCUGUUUUUCUUAUGUACGUAUCCGUUGGUUUUCUCAUCAUUGCCAUUGAUUGAAGUAAGUUCCCCUUUUGAAAGAGCGAUUAAACCUUACAUAGGAAUGUCAUCUAUUUACUGUAUGUUUUUGACCCGACACGAUACCGUCGAAGGUCCAUUCAGCGAAUAUGAUAUAGUAGCUGCAUGAGAUCAUCUGUGUUCCAAGCUGUAAUGAGGUGUUUUAGGUAUUGAACUUUCUUUAUUUAUUUCUCAUCUCUUUUUAGUCUUUUUAUGGAGAGGGGGAUUGAACUCUUUUCUUCUUUUUAAUUAUUUUUAUGUACGAAGUUGUUGACAAAUAAAAGUUGCAAUCCACCGGCUUUGUUUUGUAGUGUUUAACUCAGGGAUGAAUGUAGAAUUUUAUGUUAGAGGGUGGAUAUCCAUCCCCCUCGGUC